AUGUCCAUCCUCACACCCUCACUCACUCUAGUUUUGUUUUUCAAUCAGUCGCAACCGAUGAUUCCAGUUUGUAAUUCUAUCGUCUUAGACAUCGUCAUGGCUAAUAAAGUGGCACCAGUCCCAGAUUCCAAAUUGCCAUCAUCCACAACUUCGAAAACAUCCUCACCAUUUUUAGACAUAAUGAGAACUUAUGUUCAGUCCAAAAUGUGCUAUCAUCCAAGUGCAUUAACGAAUGCAAAUGUGACUAAUAUAAACAACAAAGCUGUUGCCUAUCAAAUUGAUCUAUGGACGCUAGUCGAUCGUCGUUCGGCAAAGCAACGCGAACGACCGUAUAAUGCUGAAGACACGCCUAGGGAACCGCUUAAAAAUCUAUGGAGUUAUGAUUUUGGCCAUCCUACAACAGUGCUAAAGAAGAAGCUGAAAUUCAAAUAUGAUCUGAUGCAAACAAGUUGGAAAACCAUUUGUCCCAGAUGUGAUGGCCAUGGCAGAUAUGCUUGUUGGUCAUGUGAUGGCCGAGGCCUCAAGCAUUGUACUAAUUGCCCCACGAGUUAUAACACUACGUAUUACACAGCCACCUGUUCGUCCUGUCAUGGCAGUCGUCUUAAGAAAUGUUCAAAUUGUGGGGGUAGCGGGAGAAUCGACUGUAGUCGCUGUAGCAAACGUGGUAUUCUCUUACAUUGGUAUGAAUUAAAAAUUGUAUGGUACACCAUUCAUUCAGUAUCCUAUCAAUCAAAUACCCCAUUACCGCCAAAAAAGAUUAGAAAAGCUCCAGGAAAAGAAAACUCUUUCACCGUUGACGUAAUCUGGUCGCAGACUACUUCGUUUGAUCAAUAUUUUGAGAGCAAAUUGGCGACGCCACUCAACUCUUUAGUGAAAAUUGAUGCGCUAACACGGGAUUUUAACAAGAAACAUUUGAAAAAAAUGAAAAAGGAUAGACGAAUGAUUGGACUGAAAUGUGAAAUACAAAGACUAGGUGUGAUUGAAGUUGAAUAUGAAAUUGAAGGAUUCACGAAUAAGAGAGAUGUCAAUAUGGGUAAUAAAUUUCAUUUUUAUCAUUAUGGAGUUGGAAAAAAAAAUGAACCACUCGUUUAUGAAAACGAUUAUCCAUUGAAUGCAUGCGGUUGCUUUGGUGUUGGAUGUGCACAUUAUUCGAAAUGCUGUACAGUAAUGUGA